UGUCUUUUUAUUGGAGAGGAAGAGCGAAGAGCGAAGAGAGAAGAGAGAAGAGAGAAGAGCGAUGUUCAAUGCUUAAAGCCUCCAUUCCAAGCUCUCAUGCCUCAGCAUCUGCACAAAAAUAAACAAAUAAAUAAAUAAACGAGAAAAAAGAAAAAAACAACAACAACGACAAAUAAGCGUGAAUUUUCUUUCUGAUUCUCCAAAUUUCUAAGAUUGAUCGUUACCUUUGAUUGUUGGAAAAAUUGCUCCAAUCGGUUGUAGCAGUCAAAUGUCUCCUUCAGUUUCUUGUCAAGAAAAAGGAAGUAGGAACAAGAGAAAAUUCAGGGCUGAUCCACCUCUAGCGGAUCCAAAUAACAUCAUUCCUGCACCUCAACUCGAUUGCCUCAGUUAUGAAUUCUCUGCUGAGAAGUUUGAAAUAACCCCAGAUCAUGGGCAAGUCGCUGCCUGUGACUUGUGUAAUGUUAGCCAAGAUCAUUCUGAUGGACUGAAGCUUGGUCUCGGAUUAUAUAGUCCUGGAACAUCUGAGGUCGGGCCUAGUAAAUCUAAGGAAGAACCUGAGACAGAUGAAUCCAAUGAUGCUGAUUGGAGCGAUCUCACAGAAGCCCAACUGGAGGAACUUGUCCUGAUUAAUUUAGACACCAUAUUCAAGAGUGCAAUAAAAAAAAUUGUAGCAUGUGGCUACACUGAAGAAAUUACUACUAAAGCCAUCUUAAGACCUGGCAUCUGCUAUGGAUGUAAAGAUACUGUGUCAAAUAUUGUUGACAAUACUUUAGCAUUUCUUAGAAAUGGUCAAGAGAUCGAUACUUCACGAGAGCACUAUUUUGAAGAUUUAAUGCAGCUUGAGAAGUAUGUCUUGGCUGAAUUGGUUUGUGUUCUUCGAGAGGUUAGGCCAUUCUUCAGUGUUGGGGAUGCAAUGUGGUGUUUGUUAAUUUGCGACAUGAAUGUGUCACAUGCUUGUGCAAUGGACUGUGACUCUUUAAGUGGUUUAGGUCGUGAUAAUACUUCUAAUGGCUGUUCAUCUAGCCAAACAGAAUCACAUUCAAAAGCAGAAACCAAAGUUCCAGACUUGAGUCUUCUAAGUCCUAGUAAAUCAAUUCCUGCAGGUUCUCGUAAUUCUCAAUCAAAGAAACCCGUUGUGGCUGGAAUUCCUGGAGGAAAUAACUUGAAUUCUCAAAUUAUCUGUGGACCUUUAGAGAAUGAGGGGGAAAGUUGUGGAUCUGAUUGCUUUGGUAAAGCAUUCAACAACGCUGGAAAAUCUCAAUCUCCCCUGACGGAGGAAAAGUGUGGAAGUGUUAGAAAGGCGCAUUCUGGUAGCACCAAGAGGGAUUACUUUCUUCGACAUAAAUCAUUUCACGUGGAAAAAAGUUAUCGUACUUAUGGAUCUAAAGGGUCUUCAAGAGGAGGGAAGUUGAAUAGCUUGAAUGGUUUAAUACUGGAUAAAAAACUUAAAUAUGUGUCAGAAUCUUCUACGGUCAACUUAAAGAAUGCAUCCUUACAGAUAAGUAAGGCAAUGGGUGUGGAUAUGACUCAAGACAAUAUUAAUACUAAUUUUUCAUGCAAUACUGGAACUUCUACCCCCACUGCAUUCAGCCUGGAUUCUUCUGAUGUUGUUUCUAUGUCAACCAAUACUUCAUAUGCAGUUAAUGGAGCAAAUACUGUACCUGCAUUCAGUAGUCCAGUUUUGUUCUCAGCUACUAAUACCGAUCUUUCUCUUUCGUUGUCUUCAAAAAUCAAGCCUUCAACACAACCUGUCUGCUUCAAUACUAAUAGUAGUUAUACGGGGAUAUCAUAUGAUAAGUCCCCGAGGCAGUGGAUACCUCAGGAUGGAAAGGAUGAGAUGAUUUUGAAGCUGGUUCCAAGGAUUCGGGAGCUUCAAAAUCAGCUUCAAGAAUGGACAGAGUGGGCCAAUCAGAAGGUUAUGCAAGCUGCUCGUCGGCUAAGCAAGGACAAGGGUGAGCUUCAGACACUAAGGCAAGAGAGAGAGGAAGUGGAACGUCUUAGGAGAGAGAAACAAUCUUUAGAGGAAAACACCUUGAAGAAGCUGUCUGAGAUGGAAAAUGCCUUGUGUAAAGUUAGUGGGCAGGUAGAGCGAGCUAAUGCCACUGUCCGCAAACUUGAGGUGGAGAAGGCUGAAUUGAGGAAAGAGAUGGAGGCUGCCAAGCUACAUGCUACAAAAACUGCUGCACGCUGUCAAGAGGUCUCAAGCAGAGAAAAGAAGACACAAAUGAAGUUUCAGUCAUGGGAAAAGCAAAAAUCCUUAUUUCAGGAAGAGUUAAUGACUGAAAAACGAAAAUUGUCACAGCUGCUGCUGGAAUUAGAACAAGCUAGAAUGCAACAUGAGCAAGUUGAGGGUAGAUGGCAGCAUGAAGCAAAGACAAAAGAAGAACUCCUCCUACAGGCCAGUUCUAUAAGAAAGGAAAGAGAACAGAUUGAGGAAUCAGGAAAAUCGAAGGAGGACAUGAUCAAAUUAAAAGCAGAAAGGAAUCUGCAAAGGUAUAGAGAUGACAUCCAUAAACUUGAAAAGGAAAUUGUCCAACUACGACUGAAGACGGACUCAUCAAAAAUAGCUGCAUUGAGGAUGGGCAUUGAUGGAAGCUAUACCAGCAGAUUCUUGGACAUGAAAAAUGGCAGGGCUCUGAAGGAACCCCAGACUUCUUUCAUCUCAGAACUAGUCAUUGGUCAGUCGGUGACAGGUGGUGUGAAACGGGAUCGGGAAUGCGUGAUGUGUCUUUCGGAGGAGAUGUCUGUUGUAUUCCUCCCGUGUGCUCAUCAGGUUGUUUGCACAACAUGUAAUGAGCUUCAUGAGAAACAGGGUAUGCAAGAUUGUCCUUCUUGCAGGAGCCCCAUCCAACGACGUAUUGCUGUACGCUUUCCCCGUACUUGAUUUAUUUGAUUGAGUUAAACAUUUUGAAUAAUAAUACUAAUACUAAUACUACUACUAAUAAUAAUAAUAAUGUCUAAGGGACUCAUGCAAUGAAUAAUGCAUUCAUAUCAUGUACAUUAAUUUACUUCAAUGGCAAGGUUGAUGCUGUCA